AUGGUUCAUUUGGAGGAGAUCACCGACGACAAUGAAGAGCAAAAAGCGAGUCGAGCGUUCCACCACAAAGAACACGGGAAUAUCUGCUUUGGGAAGAAACAUUAUCAUGGAGCCAUCGUUGAGUACACUCGAUCACUCAACUACAAACAGGAUGCACUUGUUUACGGUAAUCGAGCACAGACAAACAUUAAUUUGAAGCGAUGGCAGAGUGCUCUAAUGGACUGCAAUCGGGCACUACAACUUGAUCCAAAGUUUACGAAAGGACUUUAUCGGAGAGCUCUCGUUUUGGAUGCACUUGGACUUCAUGAGAGUGCAGUGACCGAUUUGGAUCGUCUCAUCAAAAUGGCAGGCGAUGUAGCUGCAAAAACAUUGAAAGAGAAGAUCGGAAUGAAAAAAAAUGCACCCAAUGUUACGUUAAAGUGUGUUCCGAGAGGCGACGAAUUGAGAGCGGAUGAUGAGGAUUGGAUUACGGUAGAUUUCGAUGAAGUUGCAACAUUAAACACUAGCGAUAAGAUAAACACCACAGCAUCAACUUCAGCAUCACUUGAAAGAAAAACCGACGAAACGUUUGAGCCUCCAAAGAUUUUUGCCGAUUUUGAUUUUGCUUAUUCCAAACUUCAACAUUCUCCAUCAGCUUUCGCUCAUUAUUGCUUACAAAUUCCAAGGGAACGAGUCCGAUUUCUGCUUGAUUGUCUUUUCGAAGCUCGUCAUUUGAAACUGUCAUUACAUGGCUUUUUGAUCAUUGAAAGAGAAGUAUCAGCCGAUGAUUUGGCUUCAUUCUUUUCGCGACUUUCUUCCAUUAAUGGCGUUGAUUUAGCUACAAUGUUUCUGGAAGAUGAUGAAAAAGGAUAUCUCGAGGAGUUACUACAAAGACUGAAUCUACAAGAGAUUGCUGUGAAUUUCGGUUUAUCGCGUUCUCCUAUGGAGACCACUUACGGUGAAGCGAUAGACUUAAAGCUCUGGUAUUUGAAGUUAGCACGUGGUCUCAAGACGGUGCGAGUGGCUGGCUUUCGAGCGCUUGAUGAAAACAAUUUGCAGAAAUACAUAUCCAGUCCGAUUGUGGGAAGCCAGCAGAUCCGUAUUUUCCAGCACGACAUCGACUUUCACGAAAUUGCUGGA